AUGGGAAAUUGGAAGGAUGGUCAGUGGUUUUGGAAAGUUAGAGAAACUUUGAUAGACGAGGGACCCAAUAUUGAAACAGAAUGGUCUGACUGCAGUUUUCUGUUGGAGCAGGUGGCAGCAAACAUCAAUGUUGAAGAUAAUUGGAAUUGGCUUCUUCACGACUCUCUUUCGUAUAAGGUAAGCUCCUUCUAUAAUGAUUUAUCCUCUUCUGAUCCUGCUCUCAAUAUUGGUAGUGAUAGCGUAACACUUCUGGAGAUCCUUCGGAAAACUGUUUUACCGGCAAAAGUCCAAACUUUUAUCUGGAGGUUGGCGCUCGAUAGGCUGUCUACUAGAUCUAAUUUGAUGAGAAGAAAGGUUAUCGAUUUCUCCCAAAAUUCGGAUUGUGUGUUCUGUUCGUCAAGCUAUAAGGACGUUCCACAUCUCUUCUUCUCGUGCUCUAAAUCUUCGUUGGUGUGGAAUAGGAUUUGUGACUGGGUAGAUAUAGAGAACAUCUCAAAGGAUUGUUGUAGUACCCAUGUGAAGGUCUGGAAAUUGAGACUUCUAGGCCGUUGCAAAGAGGACAAGAUCAACUCAAUUUGGUUCAUCUCUUGCUGGAGUGUAUGGAGGGAUAGAAAUAACACCUUUUUCAGAAAUGAAACCAUUGAUGUUGAGGACAUUGUUAUAGAUAUUAAAGUUAUCUCAUGGAAUUGGUUGAUUUUAGGUAGACAGGAAAGUAAUCAUUGUAGCUUGUAUGAAUGGUUUAAAUUCCCGUUCGAUUUUAUGUAA